GGACGGUGUAUCGAUCAGGAUACAUUGAAGGAUGAGGAGACAGUGCGUGCCUUUGGCUGCCACUGGAACUGAGCUAAUUUCAGAACGCCCUGCUGCUGAGAUGCUUCACAGAAAGCUGUGCGUGCGUCUACUCCUCAUAUAUUUCACUGCUGUGGGGAUUUUUAUGACAUCUUCGUGGUUUUUUUCAUCGUACCCAAGGUCUUUUCCACCUCAGAAUGCGAGCCUUUGCGCUUGUGAUAAAUGUAUAAUGGACUUUGAACCUGGAUUAAGUGGGCUGUUUAACAAAACUCCUGAGCUCUUUUUGUCCACGAAAAACAACAUAUCUGAGAAGAUUUUUAAUUGGUGGAGGCGUCUGCAACCGGAGUGGCGCAGCUUCAGUGCGUACCAGACAACAGUGAAGAAGGUGUUUCAGAUUUUCCCACCAAGUCCACAAUUGACAGAGCCCAGCCCAGACCGCUGCAGGACUUGUGCUGUGGUUGGGAACUCUGGUAUCUUGAACGGCUCACACUAUGGACCUCUAAUAGAUUUUCAUGAUAUCGUCAUAAGAAUGAACAGAGGUCCUACCAAGGGCUAUGAAAGAGAUGUUGGAACCAAAACUACCCAUCAUGUGAUGUAUCCUCACAGUUCUUUUAAUCUGGACAACAUUACUCGUCUUGUGCUGUUUCCAUACAAGACAAGUGAUCUCGAGUGGCUCAUCAAAUCCUUAACUCCAAGAGAAAAACCAGACAACAAGCCAGGGUUAGAAGCUAACAAAGAUUUGGUGAUGAUCCUCAACCCAGCUUUCAUGAGAUAUGUUCAUCAUGUUUGGCUAAAAAAGAAGGGCAUGUAUCCAUCCACUGGCUUCCUGACUUUGAUUCUUAGCCUGCACAUGUGUGAUGAGGUGGACGUGUUUGGGUUUGGAGCAGACAGAUCAGGAAACUGGAACCAUUACUUUGAGCCGCUUGCAGUUGAGGAGCUGAAAACUGGAAAUCAUCCUGGAAAUGAUGAGUAUAAAAUCAUUCAGCGAUUACAACGGCUGAAGAAAAUCAGGUUUUUGAGAGGAUGGUGACCUGGGUUUCUUUUUUGUGAAAAUAUAAGGGCGCUUUGCAAAGUAGAUAAGACAAAAAAAUCCAGAUAGUUUGUCUUGUCAGGUUCUUGUUCUGUCUUUUUAAUCUGCAAUCUCUUCAAUACCAUGUUUGUGCUGUUAGGGAGUAACAUAACUUGCAAUAAAAUC